CCGAGGAGAAUUCUAUCAUUCCACCUCAGGAAAUUAAGGAAAAUGGGUUUGAUAUUCUGAAGAUAUUGAAGGGGGCAAACUCUGUCAUACCACAUGUGGUUUUAGCAAGUACUAUGCACCAGCUCUAGGGUUUUUGAUGUUUGCCGUUGGUGUAAAUACGGAUGAAAAGGACUUCAUUAAAGCCUUCAAAAAACCAGCAGCUAUUCUUGCUGGAUAUGCUGGCCAGUUUGUCGUAAAGCCUAUACUUGGAUAUCUAUUUGGGACUAUCGCGGUUACAGCUUUCAGCCUCCCGACUUCCUUAAGCGCAGGAAUUAUGUUGGUAUCUUGUGUUAGUGGAGCUCAGCUCUCAAGUUAUGCAACUUUUCUAACAGACCCUCAAAUGGCUCCUCUUAGUAUUGUUAUGACGUCAUUAUCCACAGCAACUGCGGUUUUUGUCACUCCAACUUUGUCGCUGUUACUAAUUGGAAAGAAGCUACCAGUUGAUGUAGUAGGAAUGAUGUCGAGUAUCGUUCAGAUUGUAGUUGCACCAAUUACUUUAGGCCUUCUUCUUAAUAGGUUCUUCCCCUGGAUUUGUAAUUUGAUCAGGCCGUUACUGCCUCCGCUAUCUGUGUUUGUGACAGCUCUUUGUGUUGGUUCACCACUUGCAAUAAACAUUGAUUCCGUGAUGUCUCCAUUCGGAGUUACUAUUCUUUUGCUCAUCACUGGAUUUCACCUGUCAUCUUUUGUUGCUGGUUACUUCCUCUCUGGCUUGGCUUUCUCUAAGGCACAUGAUGUAAAACCUGUACAAAGAACAAUAUCUUAUGAGACAGGGAUGCAAAGUAGUCUUUUAGCUCUUGCUCUUGCAAACAGAUUUUUCCAAGAUCCGCUCGUAGCUGUGCCACCAGCUUUCUCUGUUGUUAUAAUGUCUUUGAUGGGAUUCUCUAUGGUCAUGAUAUGGGCUAAGAGAAAGGAAGUUGCAGUGCGAUGAGCAAGUAAAAUCCAGAUGAUUCUUCGUUAAGUCCGCCAAAUAGCAACUAAAAUGUCCAUGAAGCACCAGAGGUGGAAUGCUCUAAGCAGUCGGAUAAUGGUGUUGUAUUCUUCAAACUUAUAGAGAAUUGUUUCAGCUUCUAUUACAAGGUCCUUUUGAGAAGACAACAAAUUACAGCAUCCUCUUCAGUCUUCAUGCCUUCAAAAUAACGUUUUGGUACAAUCAAGUUUUGUGUGAACGUUACUGAAUUCUCAUGAGCUUGACUACAUGAGUUUGAGUUUCACUUAUUCUGGUUUUCUCACGUGUGCAGUACUUGGAUUUUUCAGUCAAAUUCUUGUGAUGUGGUGGUGGUAACUAGAAUACUUGUAUUUAUUCUUUAUCUUAUACGCCUCCUAUAGUUCCCCAGUUUUCUGAUCCAGAA